AUGUGUAACCUUGAAGGGGCUCUGCAUGGGGAUCUUAUGAGAGGUUACAAAAAGAACAUCAGACCAGUCGAGAAGAAUGAAGAGAUCACAGAGGUCAAAAUCAAGAAUGGUGAAUGGGUAAUUAAGCAUCGGCCAGCUAAGAAGGUGGUAAAUGAGAGGUACAGCCAAGAUGAGCUGGACUACCAGGAGAUUAUUUUCUUUCUCAUCAUCCAGAGGAAGCCACUAUUCUACAUCAUCAACAUCAUUGUGCCCUGUGUGCUCUUCUCUUCUCUUGGACUGCUUGUCUACUUCCUGCCAGCUAAAGCUGGAGGACAGAAAUGUACCAUGUCCAUUACUAUCCUGCUUGCGCAGACUGUCUUCCACUUUCUCAUUGCAAAGAAGGUUCCGGAAACCUCUCAGGCUAUGCCCUUGAUUGGCAAGUAUUUGAUGUUUGUGAUGUCUGUGACUGCAAUCACAGUGAAGAACUGUGUAGUAGUAUUGAAUGUCUCCCUGCGAACUCCUAACACACACCCACUAACCAAUAAAGUCAGGAAGGUACUGUUAAACAUUUUUCCUCGGGUGCUGGGGAUGGGGAUGCAUCGCUGGACACCGCAAAGUGGACCGAGUGCAGAUGACAUAACAAACAAAUAUACUGUCCCUCUGAGGAGACACAGCUCACUAGGAUUAAUAGUAGUGAAGGCAGAUGAGUACAUGCUGAAGAUGGCACGCUCUGAGUUGAUGUUCAGCAAACUGAAAGAGAGAGAUGGUCUCAUGAGGAGUACCCUGCAGAAGAUCCGACAUGGCCUAGGUUGUGACAGUGAGAUCAAUUUAAAACAUCGUAUAGCCGUAUUGAAAUCAAUUUGUGCAGAAUGUAAUUUAACUGGAGAGAAGCACUUCUGGUAUGAACACUGUAAAUGUUUGUUCUCUUUGCAGGAGAAUGAGGAGUGGUUCCUGGUUGCCCGAGUGAUUGACAGACUCUGCUUCAUCACUAUGGCCUUGUUGUUUACACUGGGCACCAUUGGAAUCUUCCUCAUGGGACAUUUUAACCAAGCUCCAGCACUUCCAUUUCCUGGAGACGCCAAAAAAUAUCUCUCUGAGACAUUUACAGCAAACAUCACACAUCUGCAUUGA